UUGAUUCCCACUCAAUAGUGACCCUGUAGUAGAAUUGCCCCAUAGGGUUUCCAUGGAGCAGCUGGUGGAUUCCAACUGUCAAGCUUUUGUUUAGCAGUCAAGCGCUUAACUACUGCACCACGAGGGCUGCUAAAUUAGUCCAUGCUAUGUAAAAUGUACGGUUUAAUGCAUUCAUCAUUGGCCCUAGUACAGUCCUUCCUGAGCAUUCAUCUUGCCCUGUUCAAAGUAGCCCUUGAAAGAGUUCUUCAGGCUUUCAUUCUCUCCCUGUACUGUAGGUUGACCCUACCAGUUCUCUUCUUGGCUGCAGAAUACAACCCAAACUUUCUAAUAUGCCAUUAAAGGCCUUUGGAAUAUAGUUUUAUUUUUUACCAUUUUAUUUUGUACAUCUGUUGCCAAAAGUCACUGGAGUACUUGCUUUUGACACAACAGACUUAGCACUUAGAGUAGAUUUUGGAAUCAGAAUCUACUCUGGGGUUGAAUAUUACUAAUUGUACAACUUUGGGUAAAUUUAGCUAGUCUCUGAGUUUGUUUCCUCUUCUGUAAAAUGCAGAUAAAUACAUAUAUCAUAAAUUUGUUCUAUGGAUUAAAUGAGACAAGGUAGUACGUAUUCAGUAAAUUUUAAUCCUCUUCCCCUGUUGCGUAUGUUUGUUACUUUAAAAAGCCUCCUUAUCCCGUACAUUGUCUAUGAAAGUUCUACUCAUUUUUAAGGUAAAGUGCUAAUACCGCCUCAUUUAUUGAGCCUUUCCUAAUUUAAUUAUUUUGUUUUCCUCCUGUUCAUUUUCUUUACUGCAUUUCACACAGCCUUUACACGAUACGCACUCAGAAAUGUUUUCAAGACUGAGUAUCAUCUCCUGAGCACUGUGAUAAGGGUCAAGUUGAAAUAAAGGUGAGUUUGUGGUAAUCUGUAUUCUUUGCUGCACUAAACCAAGGGUAAAUUAAGCUGCUUUGUAUUUCAUUAUUAUGUGAAUGAUAAGAAGAUAGUUUAAUGUUUAUAUUGUCAGCUAUAAAGUAGCAAACUGGUCUGAGAAUUACUUUACCUUAGAACAUUUGCCAGUAGUAUCCCUUCUUUAGAGAUAUUCCCCAAAAUGUUGUUUUUUUCCUAAAAUUUAAAAGUUUUCUAAUAUUUGAGACUAGUGCUCUUAAUCAUUUCAAAAAGUUUUAUAGUAACAUUUGAUUUAUGAAAGUAUUUUUUUAUUGCAGUGAGAUGGAAGAUUUUCGAGGUAUAGCAGAGGAAUCAUUUCCAAGCUUUUUAACCAAUUCCUUACUUGGUAAUAGUGGCAUUUUGGAAAAUGUCACUCUUUCUUCAAAUCUUGGCUUGCCUGUUGCUGUUUCCACACUUGCUAGAAAUAGAGCCAGUACUGGUAACAGGUAUUCUGAUAUCCAGGCAUCUUACUUAGUAGAGGGGAAAUUUUCAAUUCCGUCUGAGUCAUCUCACAGUAGCCAGAGUGAUCCUGAACCAAAACAGAGGUUACAACUUAGCUUCCAAGAUGAGAAAAGGAACCAUAUGGAGACUCAGCAUCUGUCAGAUGCUCUCGUAAGAGAGUCAGCUUUGCAAAGUGAGAUAGCAGGAACAGAAGAGGAACAAACUCCAACUGCAAAAUCCUUACAAGGCCAAGAUAUUUUUGAUGGGAAUUCAGUCCAGGAGCAAGUGCAAGACUCAGCUGUUGAUUUUCGUUUACAGUCAUCACGGACAAAUAAUAAGGAACAUGAGAUUGUUGUACCUGAUGCUGGAACACAUUUUGAAGAAAAGACUCCAAAAAGUGACUUAAGCCAUACUGUCUUACUAGAAAACGAGAAACUCACAUUGUUGCCGAGCUCUGAAGAUUCCUCUGAUGAUGAUAUUGAUGAUGAAGAGUUUUAUGAUGAUCAUUUGGAGGCCUAUUUUGAACAACUGACAAUUCCAGGAAUGAUAUAUGAAGACAUAGAAGGACACGAAAUUGCAGAAAAUCAUUUUAAGUUACCUACAAGUGAUCAUAGUCAGGUAAAUGAGAACAGUAGCCUAACCUGUAGAUCUCAAUCAGAAAAUAAUAGCUCUCUGACCUCCCUUGCCUCACAAGCUGCAGGAAAUUCUGAAAUGAGCCACAAAGAGUCUCAGGAAGGCCCUGUUGUUUGUCUGCCUGGGACCAAUAAUUCUGUAGGAACUGGAGAUAGUAGAAGGCAUGUAGAUGGUGUGUUCCCAUUUUCCUCUAGUACCUGGAGAAUUGAAAAAGAGAAAAGAGGGGCAGAAAGUUUGAAGGGUAUUGUUCCAUAUCAUGGCAGAGAAAGCACAAGAGAUGAAGUUCUGGUGAAGACUAGCAGGGCUACUGAUGUGAAACUUAACCCUGUUUAUUUUCAUGACACAAAUGCUGAGAAGGGUGAUUUGGGCUUGACUGGGCCCUUGAAGCAGGGGGCAGAGUCUCUGCAUCAAAAUAAGCAUUUGGCAUCAGAUUCAGAAGCAGUUUUGCACCUGGAUGGAUGUUUACACCCUGAGACUCCCAGAGUGUCCAAUAAAAAAAAUGUGGAUAUAACAUCUUUGAAGCCUGUUGAUGACAAUGGGAUUAAGUCCACUGAUAUUCUGUGGUCACCAGCCACUGAAAGGCGAACAUGUGACUGUUACGAGUCCAUUGAAAAGAGUAAAGACCAAAUGGAUCUGCCACAGAGUGUGGUCUAUCAAAAUGAAGAGGGCAAAUGGGUAACUGAUCUUGCUUAUUAUACAUCAUUUAAUAAAGAGCAAGAUUUAAAUGUGUCUCUAACUGAUGAGAUGAAUGAGAAUGAAGACUUCAGAUCUGGUUCUGAAGCAUUGGCUUUGAUUGCACAGGAUGAAGAAGAAUUUAACAAAGAACAUCAAUUUAUGCAGGAAGAAAACAUAGAUGCCCAGAACACUUCGUUUGCACUAGGGGAUAUGUCCUGGGGAACUUCAGUUAAUUUCAACCUGUUGAGGAAAUCAUUUAGCCCAUCAGAUUUGGGCAAAGAUGAUGCCAGUUAUCUACGUCUAUCGUUAGGAGAGUUCUUUGCUCAGAGAUCUGAAGCUCUUGGCUGCCUUGGUGGUGGUAACAAUGUGAAAAGACCAUCAUUUGGUUAUUUUAUUAGAUCACCAGAGAAGAGAGAACCUGUUGCUUUAAUAAGAAAAUCUGAUGCAUCAAGAAACAAUUUGGAAAAAGAAAUGGCUCAUCUUAACCACAAUUUAUUAGCAGGAGAUUUAAAUGAGCAAUCCAAGGCACAACUAAGUGAAGGAUCAGUUACACUUAAGGUUGAAGAAUUGGAGAGUGCUUCACAGGAGGAUGGAAGUGAUGUGACAUUAACUGCUGAUAAAGGCAAAACAGAGGACAUUUUCUUAAUGAACAGCCAGCCCAGAAGGUACAGAGACGAGCUGUCUGAUAGUGGCGAUUCUGUACUUAGGAUAAGCACCAUUGCUUCAGCCAUUGCAAAUGCAUCCGUCAAUACGGAUCCUUCCCAGCUUGCUGCCAUGAUAAAGGCACUUUCAAAUAAAACCAGAGAGAAGACUUUUCAGGAAGAUAAACAAAAAAACUUUUCCAUUGUGUCUCAUUUCUUACCAAAUGAUUUAGAAAAAAGCAAUGGCUCCAACGCGUUUGAUAUGGAGAAAUACCUUAAAAAAACAGAAGUUAGUAGAUGUGAAGCUGAAUUGAAAAAGUUUUCAAGAGCUGAUGUGUCUGAUAUUUGGGAUUUCUCUUUGCCAAAAGAACAGACUGCACAAGCUAUCCAUGCAGUGGACUUGGGUGCAACUAAUCUAAGUGGAAUGGAACCACAAGAAAACACAGCAGCUAUUUAUAGCAAAAACAGAGAGACUGAGAACCAGGAAUCAUUUACACCUAUAAACUCUUCAAAUCCAGUUCUUACAAAUACAAGAGCGAAUGAGAGCACAGUGAUUGAUGUAAAGACAUAUUCCAGUGGUACCAAAUUACCAGAUAUUGAUAAUAGUGAAAAAACGAUGUCUGUUUCCACCCCCACAUCUGAUAGUUACUCAUUAGUAAGUAAUUCCACAGUAACAUCCUUUUGGCUGUUAAAAGAAUGUGAAGAAAUACAAAAUAAUAGAGAAAAUCAGAGACAAAAUGAAUGUGUUAGUGAAGCAAGCAACAGUGAAAAGCAUGUGACUUUUGAAAAACAUUCCACGAUCUCACCUGAAAGUGUUGAUUUGAAAGAUACCUGUCUUGGGCAUGGUGGACAUGGUUCAGAGGAUGACCGGAAUAGCUUCAGACCUUCAACUUCACCACUGAGUCAUUCUUCUCCUAGUGAAGUUUCUGAAACAGCUUCAACAGGGUGUGCCCAUCCUCAGAAGCCCCCGAGUGAGAGUACAUCAUCUCAGUUGUCAUGCUCAUGUGCUGGUGUGAGCAGGCUGACGUACCUGUCUGAGCAUGAGAGCAGCUGUCCUGUCUCAACCACAGGUUACAGCCAUGAGGACCGUCAGAGUGAUAUCACCAGUGAGUUGAGCACCACAAUUAUUCGUGCCAGCCCAACUCCAUUGGAGGAACACACUGUGGAAAACUUGAAUGAAAAAGUUCCAUUUCAAGGAAAAGAAAAAAGAACAUUAUCAUCUGUUAUUCAGAACAAAUUGGAUAAGAAAAAAGUGACUGAAACUACUUUCCAGAGUAGUAAAACUGAAGAUGUAAAACCUAACUUUAGAGUUUGUAAAGAUCCUCCUUCCAAAAGUGGAGAUCUCUUUGAAACCCGUCUGGUAGGUUUGGCAUCAAACUCUCAUGAAUUGGACCAGAUCACUAUGACUCUACCCAGCAGGGAAUGUCUCAGCCGUCAGGCUUUGUCUACUACUGCUGACCUCCCUGCGUCUUGCCCGGAAUCCGUUAACAAAGGUCAAAGAAGGACUUCCAAAGAUGUAUUAACUGCCAGCAGUGAAUUAAGUGGCCCGAUUCCUAACCAGACAGCUCCUGAUAACCAGUGUUCCGCUGUCCCCAGCUUUGCAGGCCACGGCUCUGCUCCUGAGAUGCAGCACCUGCCCGCUACUAUUCCCACACUCUUGACUGGACAUUCUCUGACCACUGUGCCUUUUGCCCAGCAGUAUUUAGGGUCACUGCCUUCAGCUGGAAACGUCGCUUUGCCUCCUUGCCUUGUUGGUGGUGCCACAGUCUGUGGUUUCUCAGGAGGCUGUCCUCAUCCUGCUCUCCCAGGAGAGCAUGUUCAGAACUCGAUGGCUGUGGGAAUUUGUCUAGGACAAAAUUUCAGCUCUGGAUUGAUGGGUACCACUUCUCUUUGUAACCCGUAUUCUAAUGCCUUAAAUCAGAAUCUUCUAAGUACAGCAAAACCUUUUCCUGUGCAAUCUGUUGGUACAAGCUGUGGAACUGGUCCGUGGGAUUCAGGAAGGAUGUCAGAAUUAGCGUAUGUAAGAGUACCUGAGGAGUUGAAGUUCCCUCAUGCUUGCUGUGUUGGUAUUGUUUCCCAAACCCACCUCAGUGUCUUGAAUCCAGCUGACCGCUGGUUACAGGUCAGCAUUGGGGUGCUCAGUGUCAGUGUUAAUGGUGAGAAGGUGGAUCUUUCAAAGUAUCCUUGUUUAGUUUUCAAGAAUAAAGUCAUCAUAAGACCUCACACCACAGAAGAGAUAAAAGUACUUUUCAUACCGUCCAAUCCUGGGAUUUUCAGAUGUAUAUUCAGUGUUGCCUCUUGGCCGUUUUCAGCAGAUGCUGAGACGAUAGUACAAGCUGAAGCCCUGGCCAGCAGAGUCAUUCUCACUGCUGUUGCUGAGACCCCUGUCAUCGAGGUAGAAACAGAAAAGAAAGAUGUUCUUGACUUUGGUGACUUGACUUAUGGAGGCUGGAAAGCUCUCCCAUUAAAAAUGAUAAACAGGACACAUGCUACUGUGCCGGUCAGACUUGUUAUUAAUGCCAAUGCCAUUGCCUGGCGCUGCUUCACAUUUUCUAAGGAACCAGUUAAUGCUUCUCUGAAAGCUGCUCCCUAUGCCGACGUGAUUGCUCAACUAACAGCUCCGUCUGUGAUAAAUCAUGUGAUGCUCGCCAGUUAUGAUGGACAGGAGCCAGAAUUUCUGAUAAUUUGGGUUCUCUUCCAUAAUCCAAAGAAACAGAUGUGUUCUUCAGAGACUCUGGACUCGGCAGAAGAAUUCUUGGCAAGAGUUGAUAUAGAGCUUGAUAGCCCAAACCCUACUCCGGUUAUUAAAAGUGUUAGUCUUCGAGCAAGAACAGGAGUAGCUAGGAUACAUGCUCCAAAAGAUUUGCAGACUAUGCAUUUGUUUGCUAGUGUGGCUUCCUCAUCAAAGCAGUGCUUACCUUUGAAAAAUGCUGGGAAUAUCGAAGUUUAUUUAGAUAUCAAGAUCCCAGAUCAAGGAAGUCACUUCUCAGUGGACCCAGAAAAUCUGUUUCUUAAACCCGGAGAAGAACGUGAGGUUAUGGUUUCAUUUACCCCAAAGGAUUCCAAAACAUGUGAGAAAAGGAUCAUGAAAAUAUUUGUGCAGCCAUUUGGACCUCAGUAUGAAGUAGUGUUAAAAGGUGAAAUAGUUUCUUCGGGAAAUAAACCUCUGACACUCGGAUCUUGCUGCUCAGAUAUUCCAUCAGUUUUAUCCAACAAGCAGUUUCUGGCUUGGGGAGGUGUGCCUCUUGGUAGAACACAGCUUCAGAAACUAGCUCUAAGAAAUAAUUCUACAUCUACAACCCAACAUUUACGACUGCUUAUUAGAGGACAAGAUCAGGACUGCUUUCAGCUUCAGAACAUUUUUGGUACAGAAGAGCGAUUGACCAGUAAUUGUGAGAUCAGAAUUCGUCCAAAAGAAGACAUUAACAUCUAUGUAUUAUUUGCGCCUACUCGAUUAUCUUGUAUGUUUGCUAAACUAGAAAUUAAACAACUUGGAAUUCGAUCACAACUAGGCAUUAAGUUCACAUUUGUGCUCAAGGAAAGAACACAACAGCAUGUCACUAUAAUAUAUAACCCAUCAGACAGAGAGGGCAGUUACACGACUACAACAGAACUAUCAACUAUAUACUUCUUUGGUGGCGAUGAAAUUUCAAGACAGCAGUAUCGAAGAGCCCUGUUGCAUAAACCAGGGAUUAUACAACAGAUACUGCCAGAACAUAGUCUGUUGCAGAACAUUAAUUUUGCUGAAGCAUUUCAAGAUGAGCUGCUAGUCACUGAAGAGUAUGAUCUUCCCCAACGGCCUAAUGAUAUUCUGCUCUUUUAUGGAAACAUGCGUAAAAUUAUACUUUCAGUGAUUGGAGAAUUCAGAGAUUCCAUUUCUAGCAGAGAGUUUCUUCAGCCGUCUUCCAAAGCUAGCUUGGAAUCUAAAAGUGAAUCUAGAACUUGUGGAAAACAUAGUGGCAAUGUUUCUUUGGAUGUUUUACCAGUUAAAGGUCCUCAAGGUUCUCCACUUCUUUCACAAGCUUUUCACCCACCUCAAGAUAAAUUAGCCUCUGAGGAGAUAUGGACUGUUCAACCUGAACACUUGAUUUUGAUAGCUCCUUCUCCGUGUGACAUGGCAAAAACUAGACGUUUCCAGAUUUUAAAUAAUUCUGUUAGGUCACUGAAAUUUGAACUGUAUUGGCCAGCACAUUGCCUUACAAUAACACCCCAACAUGGAGUUAUUGAACCAGAGAGUAAACUACAAAUUCUUGUGAGUCCUAAUUCCUCCUUAUCCACAAAGCACUCAGUGUUCCCAUGGAGUGGUUUGAUCUACGUACACUGUGACAAUGGACAGAAGAAAAUUGUGAAAGUUCAAAUUCAAGAAGACUUGACCCAAGAAGAGCGUCCUUUUGCUCAUUGGGCCUCUAGCCCAUUUGGAAUCCUUCCUCCAGGUUCUGAGCUUUCCAUUAGUCACUUGGCGAAACCAGUGACUCAGCUACCUUCCACAAAAGUGGAAAUAAGAAACAAGACUGUUACUUUUCCUGCAACAGAACCUGGUGAAACUUCAGAAAAUUAUCUGGAACUUGAGAAUCAUGGUAACACAGAAGUAAAGUGGCAUCUGUCAUCUUUAGCGCCACCUUAUGUCAAGGGAGUUAAUGAAAGUGGAGAUGUAUUUAGAGCUACCUAUGCAGCGUUCAGAUGUGCUCCUGUUUCUGGCUUGUUGGAAAGCCACGGAAUCCAGAAGAUCACCAUCACAUUUUUGCCCAGAGAUGGAGGGAAUUAUGCCCAGUUUUGGGAUGUUGAGUGUCAUCCCCUGAAAGAGCCCCACAUGAAGCACACAUUGAGGUUCCAGCUCUCUGGACAGAGCAGCAAAGCAGAAAGUGAGCCUGAAAGUGCACUCAUUUCCACAGACACCCUCAUUAAGCUAGAUCAUUCCCUUAAGCCCCGAAGACAAGCUGUAUCUGCGGCUUCUGCACUUACACCUGGGCAGAUUGACCUAACCCGCCGUGGAGUUUAUGCUCCAGAGGAUGUGUAUAUGUUUCUGCCAACUAGAGUUGGGGACUCAAGGACAUUAAAAGUCAAUUUGCGAAAUAAUUCAUUUAUUACACACUUGCUGAAGUUUUUAAGUCCCAGGGAGCCUUUCUACAUCAAACAUUCAAAAUAUUCUUUGAGGGCCCAGCACUACAUCAACGUGCCAGUUCAGUUCAGACCCCAGUCGGCGGGCGCGUUCGAAGCUUUGCUUGUUAUUCAAACAGACGAAGGCAAGAGUGUCGCUGUUCGACUAAUUGGAGAAGCUCUUGAAAAAAAUUAACUAGAAUACAUUUGUAUAAAGUAAAUUACAUAAAUUGUAUUUGGUAACUUCCUUUUUCUACACUACAAUUAUGCUUUUGUGUAUAAUUUGUAUGCAAAAUUGGGUGUUUAACUGUAGAUUUUUUUGUUUUGAAAAGCUAAUACUGAAGACUUGACUGAAAUAUCAUGUAUCUAGCCUACAGUAUUACUUUUACAGGGGAGAAAAUAAUUCUAUUUUUGCAUCGAUUAUGAUAUUCUGAAUGAAUAUGGCAUUUAUUUUAAUGUGGUAUAUCCAGAAAUAAACUUUAUUUUCCAUUAAACUUGUCUCUUCUAUAUGGUGCCAUACAGUAAUUAGAAUAUCACUUUUUUCCGCUAAUUAUUUCCAAGCUUCUGGGUUUGUUUUGUGAUUUUUCUCCUCCAUUACGGAGUUUCUUUCUCCUAAGAAAUACCUUCUCUAUUUUUUCUUUCUUUUAGCUAAUUGUCCAGAGUAGAAAGGACAGCCA